AGCUUUCAUUUAGCGUGCUGUCUCGACAGAGACCGUUCCAUAUACCCCGUGAUCUCCAAAACAACAUAACAAAAGUGGGGAAGAAACAUGGCGAGCGGAGAGGAGGCCACAAAACGCCCCUUGGUAACCUCCUCUUCGGUCGGCCUGGAGGAUCUCUUUCCUGCCGGGACCUCGGAGCAGGCGUGCGGGGACGGGAACCCGGAGCUCGACCGCUUGCGGGAACAUCUCCAAGCUUGGCUAUCGCCGUACGAGCCCCUGCUGCUGUGGGUGCAGAGGCUGCUGGUCUGGGAGAGGCCGCUGUAUAGCGUUUCAGCCGCCCUGACUCUUAACACUUUAUUCUGGCUUCUAUCCUCCACUUCCCUGCGGCCUCUGUUCCUGCUGAGUGUGUCUCUGCUGGGCCUGAUGCUGCUGGAGAGAUGGAAGCCUAAGUUACCCAUCAUUACAGUCCAACAUGCUGAGGCUGAACCUGCACAAAGCCCAACUUUGAGUUCGGAGCAUCAUCUGCUCAGCGUCCCAGAGCUCAGCCACCACCUCGCCGAGAGCUACCUGACCUGCUGCCUGUAUCUGCAGGAGACGCUGCAGUACAAACGCAAAAACCAUGGAAGGUUCUGUGUGAUGAUGUGCAGCGGCUGCUUUGUCCUCGCUGUGGUUGGACAUUAUGUGCCAGGAAUCAUGAUUUCAUAUAUCAUAGCCCUCAGCGUGCUGCUGUGGCCCCUGGUGGUGUAUCAUGAGCUGAUCCAGAGGAUGUACACUGGCUUGGAGCCGAUUCUGAUGAAACUGGACUACAGCAUGAAGGGCGACACUGAGCACCGGAAGCACGACAAGAGGAAGGUAAAAAAGGAGCUGGAGGAGGGGGAUGAGCCCAGAGCAGAAACAGAGAGUGAGAGUGAGGAAGAGGAGGAGGAAUUGUCCUGUUUUGCUCCAACGGUGGAUGUGAAAACGACAGCACUGGCAAUGGCCAUCACAGACUCUGAACUGUCGGAUGAAGAAGCGUCCAUAUUGGAGAGCGGAGGCUUCCCGGUCUCUAGAGCCACCACGCCUCAACUAACUGAUUUGUCUGAAGACCUGGACCAGUAGAGUUUCCAUAGCGACCCGGAGGAGGCCUACCUGCGGGAUCUUCCCGAGUUCCCCUCUGUGGAGGAGUUCCCCUCCAUAGAGCACAGUCUGCUUCACUUCCCCCCACGACCUCAGGGCGAUGGCGGCCAGUUGGACAAGGAACCGCUGAGCCCCGCCACGCUCCUCAUCCAGCACCUAGCGUCGCCUCUGCACUUUGUGAACACGCAUUUCAACGGACACGGACGGCCACCGGGGGAUGAGGAGGGCGCCCUGCCGGGAGCGGGGGUAAGGGAAGAGGCAGAGGCGAAGGCGAGUCAGGGCACACAGCGCUCCUUGGAGGCCCUGAGCGAGGAGAUAGUGAGCACGGCCAUCUCCACCGUCGUGCAGAACACUCUGUCGGCGCUGCUGCGCUCCGGCGAGGACCCCUCCCUGGCCGACUUCCUCCCGACUGAAACCCUACCGGGCGCUCUGGAGUCACCCAGCCAGUCCGCCGACACUAAGGUGGGAGCGCCGGAUCCGGACAGAGAUCCGGAGGACGGGGCUACGACGACAGAAAGCGCAGCUGGCGAAGAGCACCCGGAUGACACUCUAGUAGCAACUGAGGAAGAGGACUUUGAGCUUUUGGACCAAAGCGAACUGGAGCAGGAGGACGAGGGUCUGGACAGAGAGGUGGGGGGAGCAGAUCCAGAUCCAGACGCACCUCAGCAACCACAGUCAUAGCCCCACUGGUCCCCCUUCCAUCUGCGUUUGUUUUUAUUUGUACAUCAUAUCCAUAAAACCCCCUAAAUAUA